GCCGGCAUCCCGUUCUCACGGUGCUUGCAUAUGAUCUUUUUUUAGAAAAUCAGACCCGGCUUCUGUUGUCAUUCUAUGGAUGGAUGGUUAUCGAGUCUCAACUGGGUCGCUACCUCCCAACUAGCCCGACAAUCAUUGGCUGCUCCCGUUGUUCCUGGUAGCUUUCAGAUUCACAGAUCUCAAAUGGCAAAUCAAAUUCACCAUGAUUUGGUGGAGACCAACGGAUAUCGGUCCGCCCAUUCCGAUGGAAAGGAGCCACCGCCUACCCGUCGAAGACGUCUUUUAUUGGCGUACCUCGCAGCUGUGCUCUUCUGCAUCAUAAAGGAUGCACCUCUUAUUUCUAAUCCGAACAGAGCUACCAGGAGUUCUCGCUAUCGCAGUUUCCGGUCGUCUUUUUGUUCGCAACAAAAAACUCAAGUAUGUCCUCAUUGUUAGGACCAGGGAAUGGCUACGAAAAAUCAACUUCAUGCAUAGGAUGGCAGGAAGAGCCAUGUUCCUCGCCGGAUGCAUCCAUGGGUCUCUGUAGAUUCACAAUCAUCUGCAGUAUUGACUUGCAAUUCUUGAUCCGCAGAAAGAGACUUCGGGGGUGCCAUCCUCAACAUCAUCGUACUCACAUCUUUGAGGC